GCGGGCGGGCAAUGCGCGCAAUGUUUUGGGGGCGGGCAUUGAGGCGCCGAGCGCUCCGUGCUGCCGGUGCCGGCGGCCGGUCGCUGCGUUGAGGCGGCGGAGCGCAGCCUUCGUUCGGCCGGGCCGGGAGGCGGAGCCUUGUGGAGAACAGCAGGACUCGCCCCGCUCCACGAGCAGCCCAGGGGGCCCCUGUGGCCGCAGCCGGCGGGCGGCGCGCUCCGAGCGGCAGCGGGGAUGAUGAACAGGUUCCGAAAGUGGCUCUACAAACCCAAGAGAACAGACCCACAGCUCCUUGCUCAGUUCUACUAUGCCGAUGAGGAACUAAAUCAAGUGGCAGCUGAACUGGACAGUUUAGAUGGAAGAAAAGACCCUCAGAGAUGCACACUGCUGGUCAACCAGUUUCGUUCUUGUCAGGAUAAUGUUUUGAACAUCAUAAACCAAAUCAUGGAUGAAUGCAUUCCUCACGAACGGGCCAACCGAGAUUUUUGUGUUAAGUUUCCAGAAGAAAUACGCCACGACAACCUUGCAGGCCAGCUUUGGUUUGGAGCAGAAUGUUUGGCUGCUGGUUCUAUUAUUAUGAAUCGGGAAAUUGAGAGUAUGGCGAUGAGACCAUUGGCCAAGGAUCUGACCCGCAGCCUAGAGGAAGUUAGAAACAUCAUACGUGACCAGGCCUUACGGGAUUUGAACCUCUACACUGAAAAAAUGAAAGAUUCACUCAAGCAUUUUGAUGUCCUUUUUGCUGAAUUUGAAUUAAGUUAUGUGUCUGCUAUGGUACCGGUGAAGUCUCCAAAAGAAUAUUAUGUACAGCAAGAAGUAAUCGUACUGUUUUGUGAAACUGUGGAAAGAGCCUUAAGGCUUGGAUACCUCACUCAAGAUAUGAUUGAUGACUAUGAACCAGCUUUAAUGUUUACUAUUCCAAGAUUAGCCAUUGUAUGUGGCCUUGUAGUCUACUCCGAGGGACCAUUAAACUUGGACCACAAGCCAGAAGAUAUGUCUGAACUCUUUAGACCUUUUCACACACUGUUAAGAAAAAUAAGGGAUCUACUUCAGACAUUAACUGAGGAUGAACUGCACACGCUGGAGCGUAACCUUUGUAUCUCUCAAGAUGUGGAUUUUCCAGUCAGAACAGAUCCUGAAGUUCCCUCUGUCAUUACACCAGGCAUAACUGCGACUUUGCCAGCAACGGAGCUCUCAGCAAAAGCUGAGAACACAGAGGCUGAGCUGGCUUGUUCAAUGCAAUAUGAUGAACAGGAGCUGGAACAGCUGAAUAGGAUGGUACACAGAGUUGGAGAUGAAAUGUCUUCGCUGCUUUCCCCUCCAAGCAUUUGUCAGUCUCCAGCUCACAGACCUAGCCUAAGAAAUAGUUCCAGUGCAGAAGCUUCACCAACGAGACACCAUCUUGACAAUUUAACUGAUGAGGAAGACAGAGUGUUUUUUAUGGAUGACCUAGAUGGAGCGGGAGAGGCUCUUGCUGGGUUGGAUUCAGUAAGUGAUACAUUUGCUUGGGUGAAUAACCCUUGUCAUAAUUCAAAGCAGAACCUGCAAUAUAGAGACGCUCUGCUGUAUGAGAACGGUCAGCAAACAGAGGAAACUUUGCUCUUAAAAGACGCAGAAAGCGAUGUAAGCAAUAAUAACAAUAUUGAAGACAACAAGCAGAUGUCUGGCAUCUCAGUUCAAAAUUCAUGCAGCUGUUUAGAAGGUCCGGACUCACAGUUAUACCUCAAUGGUUGGGAUGCUUAUGCUGAUGACGCAGAAAUGGCGGAAAUGAUAGCUCACAGGACAGGGGGAAUGAAAAUAUCUGCUACUGUGAUAUUCAAUCCUAAAUCUCCCUCUAGCUCAGAAUCCCCAGUAACCCCUGAAGCAGCUAUUAAUUGUGUUCCUGGAUCUGCUAAUCCAUUAGCAAAUGAGGAGGAGGAUGAAUCUCAUAAACUCAGUAUAGCUGCCACAAACUGUCUAAUUAAUUCCUGUGUGUGUUGUGGCAGCUGUGAAGACAGCAGGGAGGAGAGUGUGGAAGGUUUAAAGACUAAACGUUGUGCAGGAGGCGUUGUAAAUGCUUCGUACACAUUAGUGAAGUCUAAGGAAAUGGACCAUGUAGAUAACCUGGACAAUUCAGUCCCUGCACAGGAAACGUUAAAACCUGAAACGUCUGCUUUAUUAGCAGAAAGAGACUUUGGCAGAGAAGAGCAAAAUCUGCCUGUCUCCUCUAAGUGCCUGGCACAUUCCUCAGGUUCACAGGUAGGAGCAGAAAAUGGCUCUCAAGGAGAAGCAGAAAGCGCCUCAAGUCAGCAGAAAAGGUGGGAGAAGAGAAAACAACUGUGUGAGAGAAAAGUGGAGAAUAACGAAGAUGCUGGUAGUGAAAGGACAGCAAAGGAAGACACAAAGUCAAGAUCUAGUUCAAGUUCUCAGGAUGGCUUACGUGAUUCCCCCCUCAGCUCCAUCUCCAGCAGUGACUAUGAGAGUGUUUCUGUCACUACAUGUAGUCUCUCCAGCAUAUACGCUCUGAGCAGUUUAAUGACUAGUUCUUGUUCAUCCGAUGACAUUGAUCAGGAAGAAAUCCAGCUUGCUUUGCAGGCUGCUAAAAUUGCCACCCGAGAAAAGAUCAGAUCCAGAUUCCAUGGCAGCAAUGAUCUUAUUCACCGCCUUUUUGUCUGUAUCUCAGGAGUUGCUGACCAGCUGCAGACAAACUAUGCUAGUGAUCUGCGAAGCAUCUUGAAGACCUUGUUUGAAGUGAUGGCAACCAAGCCUGAAACAGAAGACAAGGAAAAGCAAAAGAAAGUUAAUCAGGGUUUAAGAAACGCAGCACUGGAAGACUGUGCUUUAUGUCAAGAAAGUAUAUCAUCCUCAGAACUUGCAGCAAAAGCCAGAGAUGGGGACUUUGAAGAUCCUCCUGACUGGGUUCCAGAUGAAGUCUGCAGUUACUGCACUGCCUGCAAGGCUCCGUUCACGGUCAUCCGCAGGAAGCACCACUGCAGGAGCUGUGGCAAGAUCUUCUGUUCCCGCUGCUCCUCCCACUCUGCGCCAUUACCUCGUUAUGGUCAGAUGAAGCCUGUCCGCGUUUGCACUCACUGUUACAUGUUCCAUGUCACUCCUUUCUAUAGUGACAAAGCCGGUAUCUGACGUAUUAAAGUACUGCUGUGUCCACUGGAGUCUGACACGGACCGAUACGUUUGACCUAAGUCAAGAGUUAAUGUGAAAGAGGGACCGGGUGAGGGUGUGUAAGCAUUGACAUCCAUUGUUAUAAAUUUUGUACAGACGGUUUUUACUGCAUUUUACUAAGCUGCUAAAGGGAAGGAUGAAGCGUCUGUAGCUCUAAGGCUGCAGUACAGUCUUCCAUAAAUUUAUAACAUUAAUGUUACGAUGCCAUAUGCAGAACAAAUGCACUGCGUGAAAAGAAAUAGGGCUCGGAGAACCGAACAAGCGUUGCUGCUUAUCUGUCAUGAUAAGCACAGAGCAGGUGGUUCAGUAGUUCCUCACAGCAGAGCAGCCCCAGAGCUCGGACACAGAAUGUGCUCACCAACCCCAGCAUGGCUGUGGGCAUCAGCCCUCUCCCUCCCGUUGCACUUUAACUCUCCCAGCACUGGGAGUUUUGUACCUAUGGCAGGAUUCAUUAAAGCAAAAUGCUUUGAAUCCAUCUUCAGUAUUUCUAAAAGCAAAACUUCCUUUGAAUCACAUAGGAUUCACACCGGAGGUCCUGAGGCAGUACACUGCUGUUGCCUUUCACUUACUGAGCAGAGUAACAACUCCAAGUUGUCUUCUAAAAGUUAAGAUUUAUGACUCCUAGUUCCAUAUUUUUAGACUUUGGAAUUGUUUAUAAUCAGCAUCAUUUAUGCCAAAUCCUGGUAAGAGAAUUCUGAGACAGAACUUUGCUUUCUGUGUCAGCACCUAAAACUUAACAAAACGAACUUCAGAGGAGAUGAUUACCAAAUGCAUGAAUUACUAUCGAAAUGCAGACUUUUGGAAGAGCUUAGCAGCGGAAUUCAGUAUUGUGACAAAUGAUUUAUCCCAUGCAAGUUUUUAACAUGAUUUUUAAAAGGCAAACUUGAUGUACUGGAAAGGUCCUACAAUGGUCAGUUGGAGAAGGGUUCGUGUUGACCACGUUUGGCAGAGUAACCGUGUAAAAUACUGCAUACUGCUGCUUCACAUAUGCUAACAAAUUGGGAGUUGUUUGUAUUUGUUUGAAACACCAGGGAUUCAUUCCUGUUUCCACUUGGAGAGGAAAGGAGUAAGAUUCACGUGGAUUCCUGCUAUGAUCUUGCGUAAACUAUUACAGUGAGAGCUCCCUGAGCACUGAGGUUUCAAAGCCGUCUGGACAAGCUUUGAGUUAGCCACAUUAAAAGCAAGGCUCUGUGUGCUGUGGUUACAGAGGAAGGGAGAUCAAGAGCUCUUUGCUUAUCCCCUUUCCUGACAUGCAGUGUUACACGGUGUGUUUCAAACCGAUAACUUCAAGAAAGAGAUGGGGGAAGUUGUUUGCUUCUGUGACAAAGCAAAAGUGGCCGGGGUGAUUUUCUUUGGUUUUGUUUUACCUUGCAGACAUUCCUUUCGUGAUGUGGUUUUACAUUAAGCGUUAAUGAGCCAUCAAAAGCUGUCAUGUUUUGGCAUUGCUGCCAUUUUGAAUCAGCUGAAGCAGCUUCACCUGGCUGGCGUGUCACGCACAAGCUGUACGAUGCUGUUUGUAGCCCAGGCCGGCUGUAACGUGUUAUAUUCUCACCUGGUAUAGAUUCUUCCUGUUGUUUUUCCCUGACGUUCCUUCAGCAGAAUCCUGGAGCGGGAGGGACAGCGCUCAGCGGGGCUGCAGCAGCGCGGGGUGGGCGGGCGCGUGGUGCAAGCAAUGGUACUUAUUCAGGCUUAAAUCUCAGGCUUCACAUUGCAAUGAUUAUUGCAGUUUUAUUUUUAGAAAGAGAAAAAAAAAACAAAAAACAAAAAACAACAAAUUUAAUGCUUCUUUUAUAGGAUAAAAUUACAAAAACUUCAGUUGUGUAAGAAAUAUGCACAAAAAAGUUGCUUCUGUGAGGAAAAAAAAAGUCUUAUUUAAUGGACUGGAUAUUUAUUCAAGCUUGUUUUUAUUUUGUAAAUGCUGUAAUUCAGAAUCAUUUCCAUAAAUAUGAUAUUUAAAGAUCUCAGACACUAUAGUUUCUUAUGUAAAUACAGACUCCUAUUUCUCUUACUGAAAAGCACAAUGACUAUAUCAAUACUAAUAUACAUUUGCCUCAAGGAAGACUUUCAUCUUGUAAUCUCUUCAGAUAAUUAAAAUGUCAGGACUUUCUACUUCC